AUGGCGAGCAAGUGUGUUCACAAAGGCUGCGGAAAGGUCUUUACUGACCCGGAGGAGGAUUGUGUCUAUCAUCCAGGACCACCAGUCUUUCACGAGGGUCAAAAGGGCUGGAAAUGCUGCAAACCCCGCGUUCUCACCUUCGACGAAUUCCUGACCAUCCCACCUUGCACAACCGGCAAACACUCCAUAGUCGACGAUACUCCGAAAGAAGCACCAAAAGAAAUCGACAGCGCCGCAUUAGCGAACCUUGUCACUGAGCAAUCGGCUCCUAAGACAACGACGCCGAUCUCCGCAGCUGCGGCUGCUCUUCCUACACCGACACCAAACACAGCAUCUGCGCCUGCACCAGAGCCGGACUCUGAUGAUCCUUCGCUCUCGAUUCCGGCAAAUGCUACAUGUCGACGUAAGGGCUGCAAUGCCACCUAUAACCCGGAUGCUUCGAGGGAUAGUGAAUUGUGCGAGCACCAUCCAGGAGCGCCGAUUUUCCACGAAGGUAGCAAAGGUUGGUCUUGCUGCAAGAGGAGGGUUUUGGAGUUCGAUGAAUUCAUGAAGAUUCCUGGCUGUACGGAAAAGAAGAGACAUUUGUUUGUUGGCAAGGGAAAGCCUGCGGGAGAAGAGAAGGUGGAAGAUGUUCGAACGGAUUUCUAUCAAACCGCUACCACCGUCAAUGCGUCGCUAUACCUUAAAAAGAUCAACAAGGAAAAAGCCAAGGUCACAUUCAACGAAAGUUCAGUUGAGUUCGACCUUCCAACCACCGACAACAAACGAUUCACAAAUACAUUUAAUCUGUUCGGUCCCAUUGAUCCAGAGGCCUCAUCAUAUAACAUUUUCGGCACCAAGAUGGAUCUCAAAUUAGCGAAGAAGGAUGGUCAGAGUUGGCCGGUGUUGCGCAGCGACGAUAAGUGGACCGGAGAGCGAAUUCAGAUCGGACAGGCUGGUCGUGUCGCUUAG